AGAAAUAAAUCUCUGCUCUAAUUUUAGUGUACUAUGAUAUUUGUAACAAUAAUGAUUUAUACAUGACAUUGGAAGGUUUAACAACCUCAGCAGUAUAAAAAGAAUUGAAAUAAAAAUAUAGAUGUAUGUCAGGGUGAAAGUAUUAGAGGAUUCAGUGUUAAAGUGGGAGUCAGCCAAGGGCAGGUAAUAGUAGGGAUUGCUUUCUGAAGUUUGAACUUGAAUUCUCUGUCAGUUCACGGACGUUCAUCUGGCAACGUCAUGCAAGUACCGCUACAUGUCGUGCUGCUUCUUAUAUUCACUUUAAGAGGACAAUUCGCGGAUGAAAUUUGGGAGCAAGAUUUGUCCAUGGACAUGCAAAUUGGGGCUUCCACAAAAGGAUAUGAUCUGGUCGCCUUACGCUGUGGGGCAGAAAAAAUGGUAGUGGAUCUGCAAACAUCGGAAAAUUUUUCAGGUGUGAUAUACACACGAGGUAGCUUCUAUUCCAGAGAACCUUCGUGUUUCUUGAAUCCUGAUCAUGGUGGAAACUUCACUAUGAGUAUUCCCUUCAACCAAUGUGGCACAGAAAAUGUUGAUAACAAAUAUCGGAACACCUUGGUUCUUCAGCACGACGAUGAGCUAAUUACUCCUGGUGACGCUGCUUUUAUCUUGGAGUGUGACUUUUCCAAGCCCAGAGAUCUCAUAGUGUCAGCAGGAUUGCCUGGAACUGAUAAAAAAGAGGUAAGAUCGAGUAUAUCUCUAGUGGACGCCGAUCCAGGAAGAGAUAAAACGAAGAGGUCUGGGUACGUGGAGAACGACACCAACGAAGUUGUCUUUGUGCCUAAUUCGGUCAUCAAGAUUAACGACGAGUUAUAGAUCAUUGUCUAAUACAUUUUGUAAUAAAGCUUACUUCUAUUUUUAAAUUUUGCUUCAAACUAUCUAAUAUAAUUAUAAUAUAAAUAUUUAAUAUAAAUAAAUAUAAUCUACUAUAAAUAUUUCAA